CCAUUAUAGGAUUUGGAAUUAGGACAAGUGCCUUUCCAUUAUUUGGGCCUGCAGGCGAAUUGAUCAAAUUGACAAGUGACGAUUACCCAGCUCUGUUUUGUGCUAGUGAUUCGAUCAUGGCGUUCUUCUCAGUCUCUCGUUCUCUGAUUAGAAGCAGCUGCAACAGCACUCGCAAUCUCAUCUCGAGACGGUUCUUGGUAUCAUCGGAUUCAUGUUCGUGGUUGGGAUCGAGUAGCCAUGGCAUCUCAACCACUACAAGCGCUAAUUUCUCAGAGAAAAUCGAUGCAAGCGAAUACCAUUUGAACGGGGGACCUUCUUUCAUGCGUGGAACUGUGUUCUGGGAUCCUAGCAAACCUCUCACCAUUGAAGAAUUUCAGAUGCCUCGCCCCAAAGCUGGCGAAGUUCUCAUCAAAACCAAAGCCUGCGGAGUAUGUCACUCUGAUCUUCAUGUCAUUAAGGGUGAACUUCCAUUUGCAAGCCCUUGUGUUGUGGGCCACGAAAUAACUGGAGAAGUAGUUGAACAUGGUCUACAUUCAGACGGUGAAAUUAAAAGGAGGUAUGGUGUGUCUUAUAUGGAAGAUACUAUCAUCCCUUGUUAGUGCUUUUUAUUUACU